GAUAGUAAAACUAUUUGAAAAUAAAUUUAAAUACAAAUCUGAAGUUCAGUGAUAUUUUUGUCCAUAACAUAGGUCACAAACUGUCAAAAUGAGUCACUUUGAGCCCAAUUCUAAUGAAGGGCAAAUCACACCAUAUAGGAAGAUACUCCCUGUAUUCUAUGAGGCUUUUAAAAAGGUUGAUUUUAAUAUGAUUUUUGGAUAUGUCAAGCAUGAUGGCGAUAGCUUUUUUACCGAUAACGAGUUGGAAUAUAUAGACAAAAGCGCUUUUGACAAGGCUUUUAAUUCUUUCAAGUAUGACACAGAGAGCCUUUCUAGCGAUUACGAGUUUGAAUCUUUAAACGAAAAGGAUAAGAGAUCACGGAUAUACCGUCUGAUGUGGGUGUUGCAAACGAAAACGGAUAAAUUUAUUAAUCGAUUCCUGGAUGCCAUCUUCAGCGAUUAUGUUUGGAUUGUGAAAAAAAUCAAGGGGGUAUAUGAAAACCACAAUGAAGAUACAAAAAUCUUUCUAAACACACUACAUGAUAUGCAACGUAAUAAUGAGUUGCACUCUGAUUACAAUGUGCAUCGCACAGACGCGUAUUUGACUUUGUGCGACUAUUUACGCCUCCUAAAGAACGAAGGAGGUGAUAGCGUGGUUCUGCAUGGUGAACUGCGUAGCGGCAAAAAAUGGUUGGCCAUCGAUGUUUGCUGUGAUUAUUUGGUAAUGAAAAAAAUGAAUUUUAAAAUCUACUGGAUUGAUUGCCUUAAUUGCGCACGUCCACAUGGGGACUACAAUGCCUUGAAAUCCCUAAUGAUUCAACUCAAUCCGGAUUAUGUUUUCCAAGAUCACACGGAAAAAAUCACCACUCUGAAGCUCGAUAUUGAGCAUCUAUUGCAAUCCGAAGAAUUCAACAAAUGUUUGCUGGUACUGGCCAAUGUGCAAAAUGUGAAGGCUGCGAAUGUUUUUAGUUUCGGCUGUAAACGUUUGAUAAUCACACGUCAUAGAAAAGUACACGAUUCCGAGAAAUUCAAGUACAAAAUGAGCCUUGACUGCCAUCAAGGUUUGGAUUUAUGCGAAUUUUAUUUGCUUUUGGACAAGUAUAUUGAAUGGGAUUGGCGUGAAAGCAAAUUAUCACAAGCCAAUGAUAUCUAUCAUUCCAUCAGUGGAGAUCCCUACACGUUGACCAUAAUAGCUCAACAAAUAUUAAACGAGGAGAAUUCAAAUUGGACCGAAUGGAAAAAGAGCCUGCACAAAAUUCCUAUUCUAGAUGAACAGUUAAUAGAAGACAUAAACAACACUCUGCAGAUGCUGAGCCCAGGGCACCGUCAACUUUUUGCCACUUUAUCGAUAUUUCCCCAUUUUGUCAAAAUACCAGCUCAACUCUUGGCGGUCCUGUGGGCAAUGGAACUAAAUGAGGCCAAGAAAAUCUUAUGCGAAUUCCAAAAGACAUCACUUUUACAAAUAGAGAUUCCAGACCAUGACCAUGAAUCAAUGAUAUGCAGCCUUAAAUAUUUUUACAGUCCGUAUAUAAGCAAUUGUCCAACAAUGAAGUCUCAAAUCGACGUCCAGCAGCUGCAUCGUGGUGUGGUGGAUUAUUACAAAAUUGGAAAACACUUGGAAUAUCGAAAGGAAGUUGACUUAUAUUUUGGACCACCAUUCGAUGACUAUUUCUUUAGGUGUAUUGGCUAUCACCUGCAUGGAGCGAAAUAUAUGCAUCUCUUCCCCAAACUCUAUAAGGAUCUGGUUUUUCUAGGCCACAAAAUGCGACGUCUGGGUCUGGACAAUACCAUUUCGGAUCUAAAUAUUUAUAAAUCUGAUAUCCUGGAUGAUAGUCCUGAAACAUUGUUGGACGAUAUGGUUUUGCUGUUGACCAAUAUAGAGGAGAAACUCUUAAAUGAGCCAAUCUGUUAUUUAUUGCAGUAUGCGUCGCAAAGCGAUAAGGAUAGUAUUAGAGAAUUGGCCCUGCAGCAAAUAGCGAGGUUUCCGCAACAUGAAUGGUGUGAAAGUCGUGAAAUAAUAAUCACGGAUAAAAGGACCAGACGAUAUGCAGUAAACUUACUGGAGAAAUUGAAUCCGGUCGAACGAAAACUUUAUGCCACUUUAUCCAUAUUUCCAUACUUUGCGAAAAUCCCAAACGAACUAUUGUCAGUUCUGUGGAAAGUAGAACCAAUUCGUGCCUGCAAUGUUAAAAGUAAAUUUCUCGCUACUGGCUUAAUAGCACUGCUAGAAGACGAGACAAAAAUUUGCCUUCAAUAUGUCUUGAGUUCGUACAUCAAGAAUGAGCUAAACAAACGGUAUUAUAUCGACGCUCAGCAGCUGCAUCGUGAUGUGUUGGAUUUUUACACACGUAAUCAUUGGUUAGCCGAAGACUAUUACUACAGGUGGAUAGGCUAUCACAUGCUGGGGGCGAAGUUGUUCCAUCGUUUCCCCAAUACCUAUAUGGAUCUUCAUUUUCUAGAAAAGAAAAUGCGUAAUGUGGGUCUGGCAAAUACCAUUUUAGAUCUAAAUCAUUAUGAGCUCCACCUCAGUAUUGAUGGUGGUCCUCGCAACUUGUUGAACCAUGUGAUUUUGUUUUUGACCAAAGUCGAAAAGGUACUCCUACAGGAUGCUUAUGGUUCUUUAAUCGACUAUGCCCUGAAGAGCGAAGAGGAUGGUAUCAGAGAUCUGGCACAGCAAAAAAUGAAUUGCGUUCAGCGAUGUUUGGAAGUUUCGAUACUAACGGAGGCUUGUCAAAUAAUACGCUUCCUGGAUUCCGACACUUGCAUAGCAUAUCGACGAGACAACCAAUUAUUUUUUUUGUACGACAUAAAUCUAAGGAAACACUUGCAGCCGAUAGUAUUAAUGAGCCAUCCGCCGGAGGAUGAGCUAAUUGAUAUAAAAAUUUUCAAUGCCAACCAACACUUGUUGACUAUGGAUUCAAAGGGCCAACUGAUGUUUUGGAAAUUUUCUAAGGAACUAAGGCACAUUUUGCAUGAUCGUCGCAAUAAAACAAUUAUCCACUUUAAGCAAUUCAUCGUGGAGUGUAAGCUUCUGCAAAACAUAAGCAAUCUUCUAUCGCAGCCCGUGGCGGCCUUUCGCUUGGAAGGCGACCAUAAACUACUUGUGGCCCUCGACAACGGCGAUAUCGUUGAGCUCGACUGGAAGUCGGAGGAUUUACUAGAAAUUGAAAGCUAUAUGACUUGUCAAACAGAGAUUCAGCACAUAAAAUGUGUCUCCAGCAUACAACAUUCCCAUUGGAUGGUCUUGAACAGCAAUGACAAAGACACCAUCGAUAUAGAAUUUAUCAAUAAGCACAACAAGCGUAAAGAAAGCAUAAACUUAAAGUGGCCCCAGAACUUGUCCAAGUUUAUUUACCACGAAGCAAAUGGCAACGAUAUUUUAUUGGUAUUCGAGAAAUCCAUAGUGCGCUUGAAAGUAGAAUGUAAACCAUUCCUUGUCAGUGCUGCUGUUACCCUAUUCGAAACAUCUGACUUCAAUAUCACCAGUGCCAAAUCUUCCUUGAGGCACAAGUAUCUGGUGGUGGGUUCCGAUAGGGGACUAUAUCUCUUCGAUUUAGACAAGCGAUGUGAACCUAUGCGAUCUCUGAUCGAUGAGAAUAUAAACUCGAUAGACAUUUACGAUCCCAAUGAUAAGAACUACAUAUACUUGAAUUUCUAUACCUCCAAUAAUGUUAUGCGUUUUCUUCUCUUGAAUUCCAUCAUUCAGUUAAACUCGAACGAAAAUGCGGCAAGCUCUCUGUUAUGGGAGCUCUUUGAGCGUCAUCAACCUCCAAUUGAUCCUACUCGCCAUCCCAGCGAAAUUGGAGCUGCGAUUUGA